AUGCCUUCACCCGUCAUGCGAUCAAUUUAUUUAAUCUUAAUGACAUUUUUUUUUUCUUCAACGCAUUCGAAAAUGCCUGAAAAUAGCACCAGAGUUAGACUCAAAGUAAAAGAUCAACUUACGUUCAAAUGUCAACGCAUGAUAUACGAUUGGCCAAAGGUUAUAGCUGCGAAGAAGCAUGCCUGUGAACUCUUGAAGAAAAACAAAAAAACAAUUGGAUUUGUCCGUUACCCAAGGUCUUACACAACAGAGGAGAACGAACGAAAGAAAGCGGCCAAAAAAAAGUACGGACAUUACUUUGUCUAUCCCAUUUUACCCAGUGGUAAAAUUUACCACAGAUGGAGCCUCAAAUUCUGGCGAAGUUCUGAGAACAACCUGAUCGUAAUAGAUAUUAGAUGUAUAUUUUAUGGCGUUAUUCUGAGAAAGGUUGUCAAUAAGGAUCGCAAUUGUCAAGGAUACCGUUGCAAGAAAUAUAUCGUUUAUCGUCCGUGUACUAAAUAUAAAAACUUUUAUCGCUCAAAAGUUACCUCCAGUGAAGCCUAA